CUUUACACCAUCCAUUUAUCAAGGCUUUGGAGAAGGUAUAUCGAUCACUCAAUAUGUCUUCGCCAGCACCUUCUCCGAGUGGACUCAACGGGGGAAAUGGGUACGAAGAAGAUCAAAAGCCUGUUGUAGCACCAAAGAAGGAAGAAGAUGAUGUAGAAACAAACAUUAUCGCUUCUUCAUCUAAUGGUAAUAACAACAAUAGGGCAAAGUCAGAGGAAAAGCUUGAUGACGAGGAAGAAGAAUACGAAAGAGAAGGUGCCGAUUCAGAUGAUGAUGAGGAAGAAGAGGACGAGGAUGAUGACGACGAUGAAGAUGAUGAGGAAGAAGAAGGUAGAGGUGGGGGUAGAAGAAGAAAGAGAAGGAGACAAGGUGUAAGCCGAUUCGUCGAUGUAGAAGCUGUCGUGGACGAUGAUGAAGAAGAAUACGACGAAGAAGAUCAAGAGCUUUUACGUGAAGAUGGUUUCAUCGAACAAGACGCUGAAGGAGAUGAUGAUGAAGACUUCCAAAGAAGAACAGCUGCAGGUAAUCAAGCUCUAGAUAUACAGAGAAGAAGAGAGGAGGAAUUGGAUGCUGAGCAAAUUGCUGCUCAAUUACGUGAGCGUUACCGUAGUCAACGUGGACUCACAGCUCAAUCCGAUUAUGAAGAAGUACCACAAACUCUAUUGAUGCCCAGUGUCAAUGACCCUGGACUGUAUGCCGUUCGUUGUAGACCAGGUCGCGAAAAAGUAGUAAUUCAAACAAUUCUACGUAAAGCUUUCAGUCCAGGUCCUUCCGGUCCUCUGAAAAUCAUCUCUGCUUUCUCACGAGACACACUUCCCGGUCGAAUCUACGUCGAAGCAACAGAAUCAAAACAUGUGGUCGACGCAUGUGCAGACGUUGCAAGUGCUUUUGCUCGUGGAAAUUCAAUCUUCUUGGUCCCGAUCAAUGAAAUGGCAGAUUUGCUCAAAAUCACAAAAACAAGACAAGAACUCAAACCCGGCGGUUGGGUUCGAUUCAAAUCGGGCAAAUAUGCUGGAGAUUUGGCACAAGUGAUCGAUACGUCAGAGAAUGGUGAAUCUGUUGGAGUUCGUUUCGUUCCUCGUCUUGAUCUUGAUCCUAAAGAAGAUGAGAUUAUCAUCGACCGAAAUGGCAAGAAGCGUAAAAAAGGCAGUCGCUCAGUCGCAGAUCGACCACCGCAACGAUUCUUCAAUGCAGAAGAAGUACGUAAAAAGUUCAGAACUGAUGGAAUCACUCGACGUGACGCAAAUACGUUUAUUUUCCGUAAUCAAACAUACAGUAAAGGAUACUGCGAAGAUGAUGUUUCUGCCCGAAGACUGAUAACAGAAAAUGUCAAUCCAACUUUGGAUGAAAUUUCACGCUUCACAGGAGAGACCAUCAACGGAUCUUCCGGUGGCGCUGGGUCGUUGGGACAAUCAGGAUUAGUGAACUUAGACCUUUUGGCUGAUGCCACGAAACGAAAAGCAGAUAUCGUUCUGCGCAAGGAUGAUCACGUCGAAGUGUUUGAAGGCGAACAAUCUGGUGUGGAAGGUGUUAUUGAGACAGUAGAAGCUGAUGUGGUUACUAUCCGUCUCACCCUAAGCGACUUGGACGAUCAAACCAUUGAAGUACCAAUCCGAAGUGUACGAAAGAAGUUCAGACCGGGAGAUCAUAUCAAGGUGAUCACUGGUAAGCAUCGUGACGAGACAGGUUUGGUGGUGAAAGUGGAAGAUAAUGUGACAACAUUCUUGUCAGAUUUGAGUUUGCAAGAAGUCUCAGUCUUUUCAAAUGAUAUCCACGAGGCGGCAGAAGUUGGAUCUGGAGUCAAUACAAUUGGUGGAUAUGAACUGCACGAUUUGGUGCAACUGGAUGCCCAGACUGCCGGUGUCAUCUUCAAGAUCGAACGUGAAGUGUUCAUGAUCCUUGAUCAAGCCAAUGCUAUUCGCUCGAUCAAACCCAACCAAAUCACAAUGAAACGUGAUAGCGGAAGAGCAGUUGCUGUUGAUUCUGAAGGCGGUGAAUUCCGAACUGGUGAUACGAUGAAAGAGAUUGACGGAGAAGAGAGGGUAGGCACGGUCUUGCAUGUUUAUCAAUCCACCUUGAUUUGGCUCUUCAAUCGAGAUGCAAAGGAGAACGGUGGUGUGUUCUUGACUAGGGCAAACAAAUUGCGACCUCGUGCACCUCGGGGAGUGAACAAGCCGAAUCUAUCCAAAAUGAAUCCCGCUUUGACGAUGGGAACUGGAAUUGGACAAAGUGGACAAAACAAUAAGACCACUAUUGGUGGUGCGAUCAGUAAUCUGCGCAGACCAGGCGGACGUGAUCCGCUCCAAGGAAAGACUGUUUCGAUCAUCAAAGGUCCUUAUAAGACAUACAGAGGAAUCAUCAAAGACACAAAUGGUCCAACAGCUCGUGUAGAGUUACAUUCGAUAUCCAAGAUCUUAACAAUCGGAAUAGAUUGCUUGAUCGAGAAAGAUCCUUAUACCGGUAAGAGCAAGUCUCUAUUUCCAAAGCCUACCGCACCUGGAUCUUCUGGUGGAUUCGGCGAUCGGGGCAACAGCUACAGUGGAGGUGGCUAUGGUGGUGUGACUACAAAUCCAUAUGUUACAGGAGCAGCCACACCAGCACACAAUCCUUACGUGACCGGAUCGAAAACACCUGCUUACCAAAGCGGUUCAAAGACACCAGCGUACAACAUGCAAAGCGGAUCAAAGACGCCUGCAUACAACAUGUAUGAUGGAUCAAAGACUCCUGCGUACGGUAAUUCAUUAAAGACGCCUGCUUAUAAUCCAUAUGUCAGCUCUUACAAUGACGGCUCGAAAACGCCAGCAUAUUCUUACGGGGGAGAUUCAACUCGUAACAUGGCACCGCCUUCUGUUCGACGUCCAGAAGCUGCACCAACACCAAUGGUCGCCCCAACUCCUGGAGGCGAGUUCUCUGCACCUACACCUGGAAUGUACAGCGCACCUACGCCGGGAGCAUCGAUGGGCGGAUCAUACGGUGUUGCUCCAACGCCAGGUGGUAUGGGAUCAGGUGGUUAUGGUGCUCCAACUCCGAACCCACUAGGUGCACCAACACCGGCUGGCGGUAUGCUUGGAGCUGCAACUCCUUAUACACCUGCCACACAGCCGAAAGGAUACGGCGGUACAUCAUCUGGUUGGGAUGCAGCAGGACAAGAUCAUCCUUUGUUGGAAGGUAUCCUUGUUCGAAUCAAAAAAGGAAAGCAUGAAGGCAAGACAGGAUACGUUAAAGCUGUUUAUGCAAAUGGUGAAAGUGGAGAUGUGGUCUUGGAAGAUUCUUCUCGUGAACGGUUGGACAAUAUCGGAAAAGAUUACGUUGAACCUUUACAACCAACCGGUAUUCGUAUGUUCUGUUUGGCUCUCACUGGCGAAUACAGAGGUAAAAAAGUCUUGGUGUUAAGCUUAGACGGAAGAGAAGUGAUGGGAUCCGUUGAAGGAAAGAAUGCCUUUUUCGAUGUGAGAGAUUUGGCAAGAAUGGGCUAAAAUCUGUAAAUGAUCAAUGGAUAUGUAUAUUUCUUAUACUUUUUAGUGACCUUUGUGAGCAAGAAGUAGAUCUUUAGAAAACAUUGCUGUAAUACGA